GCCAUACACUCAAAAAGAGCAAGUUCUAGCGCUAGGCGGUGGUUCUCCUGGUACAUACCCAGUUAGUUGAGCAUCGAACGUGAGCAUGGUCGGCAAUAACACGCGGUCCAUGUCUGCACGAUAUAUUUAGAUCUCACUUCUCUGUAUCUAUUGCUACUGCUCCUGCUCCUAUUCGAGCUGAUUCUUAGUCCGAGAAGCUAUAGUCUAAUCAUCGGCAUGACUUCUCUAAACAGGGACUUUGCAGGCUCCAAUUUCCCGGGUAGUGAUCUGCAUCAGAACGACCUUCGCACCGAGUCUCUGAAGACCCUUCAGCAGUAUAUGUCUCCACCUUCAGGAAACCUAAUGGACUAUGAUUGGGACCAACUCCAAGAAGAAUACAUCGCUUCUAUGGAAAAGCAUGAAAAUGCUGAAAGAGACUUACGUAACCGUGUCGCCAAGUUGCUUGAGAUCUUCAUGGCGUGGUCGGAGACAACUGUUAUGCGCGAUGAAACCAGAGCUUUAAAAAGAUUUAAGACACAAAUGAAACAUGUUCAGACAUCUGAAGAAGAUCUAGAACUGAAACGUAAACACUAUGUCGAUGUUGUGAAGGCUUUCGAAAGUGCCCUCGCUUUAUUGAACGACCGCCUCAAGUCGUAACAUUACUCGAGGGCGGUUUUUUCGAGCCCUCUCCGUUUCCAGACCCCAUACCAAAACCGCAGAAAAUUACACAUUAUCAC